GCGCCCCGCUCCGCCCGCGCGCGCCCCUCCUUGCCGGCUCUGCCCCGCGCCCGCCCGGCUCCCUAUGGGCAGAGCUGCCGAGCCGCUGCUGGAGCCCAGCGAGCGCCGCGCCGGAGUCGGGGAGUCGGGAGCCUGACCUUGCGGAGCGCCCUGCCGCCCCCCCACCCGGCCCAGGCACAGGCACAGGCACAGGCGUCGGGGCAGUGGCAACAUGGCCUUCUCCCAGGUGCAGUGUCUGGACGACAGCCACGUCAACUGGCGCUCCAGUGAGUCCAAGCCCGAGUUCUUCUACAGCGAGGAGCAGCGGCUGGCCCUGGAGGCCCUGGUGGCCCGCGGCAGGGAGGCUUUCUACGAGGUGCUCAAGCGGGAGAACAUUCGGGAUUUCCUAUCGGAGCUGGAACUCAAGCGCAUCCUGGAGACCAUUGAGGUGUACGACCCAGGCUCCCAGGACCUGAGGGGAGACGUCCGGUCGCGGGGCCCUGAGGACGAUGGCGUUGGUGACAGCGAGGAGGCCAGCAGGGCAGGUGGGGACGCCACCCAGGCCGAGCCGCCGCCCUCUCUGGAGUACUGGCCCCAGAAGUCCGACCGAUCCAUCCCACAGCUGGACCUGGGCUGGCCCGACACCAUUGCCUACCGUGGGGUCACCCGGGCCAGCGUCUACAUGCAGCCCCCCAUCGAUGGGCAGGCUCACAUCAAGGAGGUGGUGCGGAAGAUGAUCAGCCAGGCCCAGAAGGUGAUCGCUGUGGUCAUGGACAUGUUCACCGAUGUGGACAUCUUCAAGGACCUGCUGGAUGCCGGCUUCAAGAGGAAGGUCGCCGUGUACAUCAUCGUGGACGAGAGUAACGUCAAGUACUUCCUGCACAUGUGUGAGCGGGCCCGCAUGCAUCUGGGGCACCUCAAGAAUCUCAGGGUGCGGAGCAGUGGGGGAACAGAGUUCUUCACACGGUCGGCUACCAAGUUCAAGGGGGCCCUGGCCCAGAAGUUCAUGUUCGUGGAUGGAGACCGGGCCAUCUGUGGCUCCUACAGCUUCACGUGGUCGGCUGCAAGGACGGACCGGAACGUGAUCUCCGUGCUAUCCGGCCAGGUGGUGGAGAUGUUCGACCGGCAGUUCCAGGAGCUGUACCUCAUGUCCCAUGGCGUCAGCCUCAAGGGCAUCCCCAUGGAGAAGGAGCCAGAGCCAGACCCCGUCGUGCUGCCCUCCGUGGUACCGCUGGUGCCCUCAGGCACCGUAGCCAAGAAGCUGGUCAACCCCAAGUACGCGCUGGUCAAGGCCAAGAGCGCCGACGAAAUCGCCAAGACCUCCUCUGAGAAGCAGGAGGUGAAGAAGCCCCCUGGGCUGCGGGGCGCCGCACUGGCUGAGCGGCCCGGAGACCUCCCGGAGGCACCCCCGCCGGUCCACCCCGGGCUGCUCCACCUGGAACGAGCCAACAUGUUCGAAUACCUGCCCACGUGGGUGGAGCCGGACCCGGAGCCCGGCAGUGACAUCCUGGGCUACAUCAAUAUCAUUGACCCGAACAUCUGGAACCCCCAGCCCAGCCAGAUGAACCGCAUCAAGAUCCGAGACACAUCCCAGGCUGGCACCCAACUGUGGAGGCAAAGCCAGGACUGCAGCCCCGCCCCUGGGCCCAGUGCCCCCCAGGAUGGGGCCCUGGCUGAGAACGGCCUUUCCCAGGGGGAUCCCGAGCCACAGCCCCCCGUGCCCAAGCCCCGGACGGUCCCUGUGGCAGACCUACUUGCCCAGGACAACGGCAGUGUUGACUGGGCCCUGGAGACCCCAGCAGAGAAGAUGCCCCAGAAUGGGACAGACCACGCAUCCCCCCGGACACGGAGCUCAGGCCAUGCCCCACUCCAGAGGCAGGUGUCUCUGACCCUGGAUGACCCUGACGGCCAGGGAACAGCGAUCCCCAACGGGCUAGAUGGGGAGGAGGAUGAAGAUGAUGAUGACUAUGUGACCCUCAGUGACCAGGACAGCCUCUCAGGCAGCUCUGGCCACAGCCCCGGCCCCCAGCGGCCCUCGGCGGCCUCCUCUUCUGUGUCAGACGAGUAUUUUGAGGUGAGGGGGCGCUCGGUUCCUCUCCAGAGGCGCCACUCAGAGCAGGUAGCCAACGGGCCAGCCCAGACCCCCCGCCGACAGCUGAGUGCUCCCCACAUGACCCGAGGGACCUUUGGUGGACCCCUGGGUGGUUUACCAUGGGCCCCAGGUCGGGAGAGAGAAGAGGCAGCUACCCCAAGGAGGACACAGGCUCCACAUUCCAUGGACAAGGAGACACAGGGCCAGCAGAGCCCCCACUACAGAGUCCCUGUCUCGGGGACCAGGGAUAAAGAUGCCUUCCUGCGGCCGAUGAGGACCUCGGGACCCCUGCGGUACCGCCCUGCUGCUGACGGCGCCCAGAGCUCGGCCAGGAAAGCGGGCCCCGCCGUGGCAGGCCCAUACCCCUGGCAGGUCAAGGGUGGCCCCAUGCCCCGCACGCUGGCAGAUCCUGGGACCCCAAGGCCAGCCCAAAACGCCAGCCCCCAGGCCGAUGGCAGAGUCCCUGAGGAGCACCCAAGUCCUUUUGGAAUCCCGUACUCCAAACUGUCCCAGUCGAAGCACCUCAAGGCCAGGACGGGCAGUGGCCAGUGGGCCUCCUCUGAUUCUAAACGGAGGCCUCAGGCCCCCAGGGACCGCAAGGACCCCUAGCAUCCUGUCCCUGGGCCUGGGGCCAUGCGGUCCGUGGCCUCUGCCCCAGCCCAGACUCACCAAGCAGGUGUUUGCGGGGCUGCUCCAGGGAUUGGCAGACGGGCCGCCCGGACCAGAGCCCACCCCGGAAGGUGGGAAGGUGGGGUGGAUGGCGACAUUGACACUCACCUGGUCAGUGCACCAGUACCAGGUGGCCAUGAUGGUCAAACCGAAGGUCAUCCCAGUCCACGGGAGGUCCCCUGUGUAGGGGUCUCGGAACAUGUGCAUGGCAUCUGCACGCGGCACGUGGCAGGUUGUGUUGGCGAUGAUCCUGGAUGGGAUGGCCUGGGCGUAGGCGACCGCCAGCUGCUCAUACCCGCCGAUGUGGUCAAAAGCUGGAGGGGGUGGGACAGGGACGGGUUGGUGGCUGGUGGCCCUGACUCCGGGCCCCCACUUCCCAAUGCAUCAAACUUGACUUUUUCCCACUCACCUUUCCUGGUGUCUAGAAAGGCAUGGAGGGUACAGGGUUUUAAAAAAUCGGGGAAUUCAAAUGGCUGUUUUAUUUGUAUUUAAAAUAUACUAUUAAAUGAGCAUUUUGCACUGGACACCACAGUGUCCUCUUGGCCCUGGAUGCCUGUUGGCCCCGGGCAAGGGGUUCUCUGCCAAGCUUCAGGUUGUCAAAUCAAGGGAGCCAAAGUAUUCUUUCUUGGCAUUUGAGGACCUUCCCGCGGAGUCUAAAGUGUUAAAGUCCUGAGCUGAGGCUUCCGAAGGAUGUGAUUUUGGCAAAGCUGAGGAUGGCUGGCAGUCAUGUAGCACUGAGAACAGAAACAAGUCCCAGCAGGGGCAGGGGAGUGACCAGGGCCGCGUGGCCAGCCGGCUGGGCUCAGGCCCGAAGGCUUUUGUCUCGAGACCAGACCACUUUCACUCCCUCACUGUUUCUGUCUACCUCAGGGUCAGGGCCCUGUGUGGCCAAAUUCUGGCCCAUCUGUGGCUUUUGCUGUGUCUACAAUCAGUCCCCUCCCAUCCAGGCUGGCCCUGGCUGCCUGGGUCCCCCUCCUGCAGUGGCUCCUGGGGACACAGGUCCCUGGUCUGAAAGGAGGCAGAUACAGAGACGACUGAAUACAGGAAAUCCUCUGUCUCAUCUGUCCCCAACCCUGCCUUUCCCAACCAGGAAGCCUGCUGCCCGGACCCUGGGUCCUUGCCUCACUGCCACCUGGAGCCUGGGCCGGACGAGUACUUGGGGCAAAUGUACGAACACUGUACAGAGGUCCGAGAUUGCCUGGCCACGGGAUCCUACAGCCUGCAUCUGGAGGAGGCUCAAGAGUUCUUGUGUACUUCUAGAGACGGGAAGUUCACUACCUAUUGGGGCAGCCCUCCAGGUUACCAGACCAGUAGCACCGACCGGUCUAAACCCUCUUCUCUCUUUCCGUGCCACGGCCAGCGGGCUGUAGCAGCACUUCUUGGGGUUACGGACGUGAGUUUGAACAGUUGGAGCAGGCGCCCAGGCAGCUCUGUGGUCUCCUGAUUGUGUGCACACCUCACCAUCAAGCCCUGAGCCAGGACAGGGGCAGUGGCCCAGCAUUCCUGGGUCAGCUCCACACCAGACCUGAGGCCGGAGCUGGUGACAAACACAGCUGGGCGCUGGCGGUGGGAGAGGACAGGCAGCCUCUGUCAUCCAGGGAAGACCAUCCGGGGGUACUGACUGCCUGGUGGCUUGUCCUUGGGAGUCCACCCCCACCCAGUGCUGGCACCUGGGUCCGGGCAGGCCAGCCCCCAGACAGCCUCACCUUUGACAGUCAGGAUGAUGGCCCCCACCACCAUGAUGAGCGUUUGCAGGGCGUCCGUGUAGAUCACAGCAGCCAGGCCCCCUGUGGGUAGAAACAAGGAGGCUGGAGGGAGGGACUGCUUUCCCGCAGACGUGUCCCCUGCCCGCUCGUGGGCGGCUGAGCUGUGGGGCCCAUCAGCUGGGCCCGCAGAGCCAGCUUCCCAUCCACACUGGGCCGGGCCAUUGAGGAGGCGGCCCCCUGAGCCCCGCCAGCCCCUCAGGCUCUGGCACGCAUCUGCCCAGCCACACGGGUGCGCGGGUUGGGGGGCAGCUCCCCUUGCGAGCCCGCCGCCGGCUGGGCACGUACCUGCGAUGGUGUACAGGGCCGUGAUGAUGAGCAUGAGGAUGGUGGAAAGGUAGAAGUUCCAGCCCAGGCAGAUGUGCACAAAGAGGGCGCCCGCGUACAGGUCAAUCUGGGGAACCGGAAAGAAACUUGUGUGGAGGCUCGAGGUGACCGCAGGAGCCAGGGCAGCACUCAUGUGACAUGUGGCCACGAUGCCCCAUGGACAGGGAGGGACAGACACGCACUCCCUCCCCUACACACCUGUCGGCGCUGUCGCAAGGGUGGGAGGGGGUCCCGGGUGUGGACAGGCUGUGUGCAGGGGAUGUUGCUGAUGUUAAUAAAGUCCGAAGUGGCUACCAA